AUGCUUUCUGUUUUAGAAGUCGCGAAGCACGUUUUCUGGAACGACAGUGCCUUUAACCGAAAGCUUUUGCCCUCGGAAGCGUCGCUGGAAAAAUGCACGUGCACACUCCUUGAUCUCAGCACGAUGUCGGGUAAGGAGCGCAUUUCUGCGUUCCGACAGUGCGGAAUUGAUCCGUCGCUCUUUCCACUCUUCUUACGAGCGCUUCAACAUCUCACCGCGCUUCAUGGCAACGGGAAGAUCGAUGACAGUUACGUCAUUCACCGUCACCUCACGGCCCACCAAUUUAGCCCUUUCACGAGCAACGGUCCGCUUUUGGGCUACGCAAAUGUGAACAGUUUGCCCUAUCGUGAACCCUGCUCGAGCGAUGGAAAAGCACUGAAAAAGGAAAGUGUGACGGAAGCGCGCAAAGAAGCGCCAAGGCAAUCUCGCUACAAUGGGUUGUUGAACCAGGGAGCAACAUGUUACUUGAAUUCACUACUGCAGGCAUUAUUCCACAUUUCGGCGUUUCGCUCAACCAUUUAUCACAUGCCGACAAGGGAAGAGGCGGAGGGAAAGGGUAAUGGCGACGCUUCGGGUACCAAGAGCAUUCCCUACGCGCUGCAGCGGCUCUUUUGUCACCUGCAAAUGUCAACUAAGGCAGUAGGUACGCGCGAACUGACUGAGUCGUUCGGUUGGGGAUCGGCCGACAGUUUCAUUCAACACGACGUUCACGAGCUCACCCGUGUGCUGCUAGACAACCUGGAAGAGAAACUCACGGCGCUGCGGGCGGAAAUGGGACACUCAAACCCGAAGGACAACGCCAUUCAUCAGCUCUUUACAGGAUCAUUGGAAAGCUACGUCAAAGUCGAGGAUGCCAACUACUUCGGCUCGCGCGAAGAGCCGUUCUAUGAUUUACAGCUCGUGGUCAAGAACAAGCAAAACAUCUACUCCAGCUUCGACGCCUUUUUCCAAGUAGAAGUCUUAGACGGCAAAAACAAAUACUGCUUAGAAAGCAACGGGAAAAAGGAAUACCACCGCGCUGAGAAAGGUGUCCGCUUCAAAACAAUUCCUCCUAUUCUGCUGCUUCACCUUGCUCGGUUCGACUAUGACAUUCAGCGGGGCGAAACGAAAAUUUUUACGAGGUGGGAGUACUACAACACACUUGAUCUGUCGUACUACAUGCCGGAGGCGCCGCGGGAAGACACACAAUACACCCUGUGCAGCGUACUCGUGCACUCUGGGUCUAACACCGGGUUUGGACAUUAUUUUUGUUUUCUGAUGUGCUCGGGGUCGUGGUACAAGUUCAACGAUGAAACGGUUGCGCCAGCCAAGUUGAAAGAAGUCUUCGGGGACAACUUUGGUGGCUUCCGACUCAAUUACUGGGGUUCGGAAAUUCCGAAUACCGCAAACGCGUACAUGCUGGUGUACAUUCGCACAUCCCAGCUGACAUCCAUACUCCGCCCCAUCAGCGCGUCAGACGUCCCGCAGCAUGUCGUCGAGCAACUGGAGAGAGAACGCAUCGAACAGGAGCGACGCGUGAAGGAGCAGGCGGAGGACUACCUUUACGGACGCGUUCAUUUUAUUCAGCCUCACGAGAUAGUGGAGCAAGAAGAGUACCUUACCUCCCGCCGCCCGGUCGAGCAGAAAUUUUCGUCGCAGAAGACGCUACGCCUGCUGCUGGAAGCCGAAGCGCUGCCCAAGUUUCAAGCGUUCGUCGCUCGACAAUUUGGCAUUGCCCCGAGGCAGCAGCUGCUAUGGUUUGCCUCUCUCCGCGGCGACGCACCAAAACUCCGUCUCUUUAAGCAGGUCAAGGACGGUAUGAGGGUCAUGGAGCUUUUACAAAAAGACAAAGAGUGCUGUGUGCUGAUAACUACGCCGCGUUCUGCACCCAUGAUUGAGCUGGACGCCGAGUGCGCGCAUCGCGAGUAUGAAGUGUUCCACCACAAACUGUACGAUCCACUGCAACUGAAGCUGAUGUUCAUCGGCUGCACUGUGCUGCAUCGCGACCCCCACGGCGACACAAAACCGGCAGUAGAGGCGAUGGAGGCGCGCGUGCGAGAGAUGAUCGCAGAGCUUCCCGACGAUACCCGUCUGCUAUAUGGCCAUCAUCUGACGAAACAGCCAGCGAAGAAGCACGGGCUUGCGUCGCCGCACACCAGCACCGUCUCGCUUGACGCGUACAAGUCCCACCAAGACCUCGCAUCCAAGGACGAGGAAAAGGCGAAUACCCCCGUCGUACGAGGGAAGCCGCAGGAAAAGCUUGUGGUUGUGCGGGAGACAGAGGAGCACAGCUUUCUGCCCUGUAACACUCUUAGCUCUGGCGACAUUCUUAUCUGGAAGCUCGACACCCCGAACGAGGACCCGGCCAAUGUCUUCUACCCCGACAUUCAGAGCUUCCAACACUUCCUGCAUCGACGUAUUCCCGUCGAAAUCAAACUCAAUCGCUAUCCCGACUAUCCUUCCCUCAUCGACACCGAGUUGGGGGAGGACAUGACGUAUGAGCAGCUGCAACGAUACGUGGCUCGCCUCAUCGGCGAUUUGGAGCACUUUGACCGCAUCCGAUUCACACGCCACAAUCCCGAGACGGAGCUGCCGUACUUCAUGAAGGGAAAGAAGCAUGACCGUCCCACCUUGGCGCGGCUGCUGAUGCCGGCUAGCUCCCGCGUUCCCGUGCUGUCCAAGUACCUCUACUACGAGUACUGUAAGUACACGGUCACCGAGAUCGAGAACGCCCACUCGUUGCAGUUCAAACUGUACGGCGACAACGUGAAGGCGAUGUCGGCACACUGGAUUCUCCUGCCGCGCGAGCUGCCCAUCACCGCAAACGUGCUCUUUUCCGCCUGUGUUCGCGAAAUCCAAAAGGAUUACACCGGAGAUAACUUCAAGCCGAUGACCACUUUACUGGAGGAGGAUUCUGAGAGCGCAAAGUGCGACUCCACGCUCGCCUUCAUGAAGAGCCUCAUGACAAUGGACGUCAACAAGGCGCACGAGGUGCUCCGACUGGCGGAUGUGUGGCGCGGGCGUGUGUACAACGUGCUGGACAAAGACCACACCCUCGUUUUUGAGCACCAGACGUUUGAGGAGAGCGCCGAGUACCGCAUUGAGCGCAUUCCGCAGCCCAUCCCAAACGUUCCGCUGCAGUACCAAGCGGUGUUUCCAGUGCAUCAUUUCACAAGGGUGCACCAGCGUCGCGACCUCGUCGAGACUCACAGCGAACCUUUCAGCAUGUACGUCAACUUCAACGAACCAUCCAGUCAACUCCUGCGACGGAUCGCCGCGAAGCUCGAGAUGAGUUUCGCAGCCUUGCAGGAUUGGAAGGUGUGCGUGGUGAAGGAGAACCGCGUCGAGGUGAUCCCGCCAGAUUCGCCGAUGGGAAAGCACAUACACAGCUUUUGCGCGAUGGAGUACUUCGAGCCAAACCAGCCAGAGCCGUCUAAAGGUGCCUUCAUCGGGCUAGAGCACGCUCCUCUAUCGAAGCGCACUGGCAAGCGGGAGGACAAGGUUUUAAUCUUGAAUUGA